GCCGCGCCUUUCCUGUUUCCGGCUCACAGGGUGGGUGAGGGAAGGCGGCUGGGGCGGCUGAGGAGCUCGGUGCCUGCCCGCGCCCUCCGCCGCUGCGGUCUCCGGGUCGCCCCGCCGCCGCCAGGCGCGCAGCAUGGGAUGCCCGUGAGUGGAUGAUCGCUCUUCCGUAGAAGCGGCCGUGCCUGUGCCCGGCGGGUGGAGGCCGGGCGGUGCGGCGGGCAGGGCCGGGCCGGGGCGGCAGCAGGAUGUCAUCACCUUGCCAUACCUCUGCUGUGCUGGUAAUCUUCAUGGCCUUGGCUGUUGUUGUGUGGGCUGAACAGCUGAAUGAGAGGACCUGUGAUGUGGUUGGUGAGGAGGGCAGUGAGUCACAAAGGGAAAGAGCUCUGCUGAAGAAACUAGAGCCCCUGAGCCAAUUAAGGUUUAAUGUGACUGCGGAGAAAGACAAAACAGAGAGCUAUGUCUACCAAUUUAGGGUGUGCAGGGAGGUCAACAGCACUGCCCGUGAUUUUGGUGGCCUGGUGCAAACAGAUAGACAGAGUGGGAAGAGCACAGUGGUAGGAAGAAUCAAUGAAACACAGGUCUUCAAUGGAAGUGAUUGGAUCAUGCUGAUUUAUAAAGGAGGUGAUUCAUAUGGCACACAUUGCAGUGGUGAGAAGAGAAGAGCUGUGAUAAUGAUUUCUUGCAAGCGGGGAGUUACAGCGAGUUCAUUCAACAUUAUUUCAGAAGAGAGGGAAAAGGAGCAGGAGUGUUUCUACCUCUUUGAGAUGGACAGCAGUGUGGCUUGUCCAGCUGAGGAUUCCCACCUCAGUGUUGGCUCCAUUCUACUGAUCACGUUUGCUGCACUGAUUGCAGUCUACAUCAUUGGUGGGUUCCUCUACCAGCGCCUUGUAGUGGGAGCAAAGGGCAUGGAGCAGUUUCCCCACUUUGCCUUCUGGCAAGAUCUGGGCAAUUUGGUGGCGGAUGGCUGUGACUUUGUCUGCCGAUCGAAGCCUCGAAACGCACCAGCCGCGUACCGUGGUGUGGGUGAUGACCAGCUGGGUGAGGAGUCAGAAGAACGGGAUGACCACUUGCUACCAAUGUGAUAGGCUUUCAAGAUGGAGUUCUCUUCUCCCUACCUCCCCGGUGCCUCCCAGCCAGUUCUCCUUCUCUCACUUCUGAUUUUCUUUACACUAUUUGCUUUCGCUGUCUCUGGUGCACCAAGUGCCGUGGGUGCACACACCACUAGUGACUGAUGGCACGUCUUAAGAAUAGAAUACUGGUUUAGGUUUUUAAAAAGGCAACAGAACCAGGGAGGGAAAAAAAUCUGCUGAGAGCUGAGUGGAAGACAGCAAGAAAGCAAUAUGAACAUUCAGCACUGAGCAGAAAUAGGAGAUUAAUCAGUGAAAGGAAAUAAAGGGCCAUGGAUGUGUGCAGAAAGGGGAGGGAAAAGGCGGCCAUGGGUUAAAACAGCUGAGGAUGUAGGAGAGGUCUUUUGUGUCUUCCCCCCCACCCCUAGGGUUUACAGGAUCUGUAACACACUGGAAUUAUUUUUCCUUAAUCACAAUUUUUUUUUUUUUUAGCUUUUCUAGCUUCUGCACUGUUAUGUGCUAUUUCUGCCAGCACAACCUGCACAGAGUGCUCUAUGCCAGACUCCGUGGGGACUGAGUUGGCAUUAGCACCUCUGCAGUCUUUUCUUUUCCUAAUGGCAAUAUAUUGAAGACUACGCACCAGUUUCCAUCAAUAGAUGUAAAGGGAUGCAUGCCACCCUCUCAGACUGGAGAGGGGCAAUGCUAAAAAACCAUAGGAGCUAAAUAGUCUUGUGACUUUCCAGUUCAGUCAAAAUACUCUCAAGUCUUCUCAGUCGUUAAGAAGCAAAAGGAAAUAAUGUGCUGCUAAGUAAAGAGAGCAUUUGCUGAAACUGAAACAGAGGUCAAGGCAAAUUGAGACAGGUAGCUGCCACUAGAGCUGUUACAAGCUUCCCAAGUUGACUGCUCAUACAGCUCAGUCACAGUCAGCAUGGUGAUUUCACAUUGCUUGUUUGGCAGAGGGCUUUCCCAUGAAGCUACCAGAAUUUACUUUAAUAAAAAAGGAACUGUAGAAGCCAAAGACAAGAAUGCUAACAUGUUAAAAACUGCAUAAAGGACUCUUGUGCUUUCAGGGUUAGCUUUCAUGAACUACUUUCCCUUUAGCAUAGUGCUGACCAGUCACCAAGACACUUGCCCUGUACAGAGGAUACUCACAUACUGCUACUGGCUGGGAGUGAGACAGCCCACAUCCUGGGGCCCUGGUGAAAAGCAGGUACAGUCGAGUUGUAAGACUUUCUGGGAACCUUUGGGUACUUGGCACCUUGACUCCUAAUUGCUUUUAUGUGAGGGGCUAGACUCUAAGCAAUCCCAUUUUGCCCUGUUGUAGACUGGCAAAGACCUGCCCUCAGUCUGGAGGGCAGAGACUGUGAAUAAUAAGCAAGCCACUACUGUUAACAGCAGAGUAUAGACAAGGUUUGUGUAUUUUUAAUACUGCCAAAGCAGUCUUAACAGUGACAUUGAGGGAAAAGGGAUGGACCUACUUUCUUGCUGGGUUUGGAGUGGAUCAACAAUUCCUGCUUUCUUUGACUUUUGUUACAGUCUCAAUCUUUCUCAUAACAUGGGAAAAAUAGGAAGUCACCAAGUCUGUUGUUACUGUUUUUCAUGGUGGUGUUUAAGGUAAUUUUUUUUUGUACAAAACACAACUUU